CUUGUGAAGUACCACUCACGGAUCAUGGUGCGGUAGUAAGCAAAUUUUUAAUUUUGAUAAAUGACUGGGAUGAUCAAUUGUUAAGUGUGGUUGAAGAAGAUCUUAUCUUGGAAUCAAGUUACUGUACAGCUGAUCUUACCAUUCGGCCAAGUGAUCUUCCUCUACCUCAUCCUGGUCGCGAACCUAACUCGAGCGGGGUAGCAUAUCCAACAAUGGUUAUUGAAGUUGGUACUACCGAAACUAUCUCCAGCUUACAUGAUCUUUCAGCAAGGUAUUUUUCAUCACGAACAACUAUUCAAAUUUACCUUGCUAUCAAGCUAUUUCCCAUUCGCCAGGAUCAUACAAGAGCAAUGCUUGUAAUGCAUUUUCUUUUGAAUAAUAUUGGCGUUCCAGAUGCUAAUAUUACUGGCGUAGGAAGGUUUAAUGCAAUUGCUUACAAUGACCCUAGAAUUCCAAAUUAUCAAUUGAAUAUUCCUGCUGCUGAACUUUACAAUGGUACUCCUAAUGGCAUUCCUCCCGAUGCAGUUGAUGGAAUCGAUUUAGAUUUAUGGAAAAUACAAAAAGCAGCAUUGCAUCCUUAUCAUUAG